AUGCCCCGCCCAGCUACCCGCGAAGAGGUUCUAGCCAGGCUUCGCAAGACGGUCGCUGAUGGCUCAAUUAUUGUAGGCGCUGGUGCUGGUAUCGGGCUCUCCGCAAAGGCCGUCGAGAAUGGUGGCUGUGAUCUUAUCCUAGUUUACAAUUCAGGUCGAUUCCGCAUGGCUGGGCGCGGAUCGCUAGCUGGGUUGAUGCCAUACUCGGAUGCCAACCAGGUAGUGGUCGAGAUGGCCAGCGAGGUCCUCCCUGUCGUCAAGGAGACUCCCGUUCUCGCUGGUGUCUGUGGAACUGAUCCCUUCCGGGACAUGUCUAUCUUCCUCACCGAGUUGAAGAGACUGGGCUUCGUUGGUGUACAGAACUUUCCGACCGUUGGACUGAUUGAUGGCCAAUUUCGCCAACACCUGGAGGACACGGAGAUGGGCUAUGAUCGCGAGGUCGAAAUGAUCAGGAUCGCCCAUGACCAAGGACUGGUCACUACCCCGUACGUUUUCAGUCCCCAAGACGCAAUCGACAUGGCCAGCGUCGGAGCAGAUAUCGUUGUCGCCCACGCAGGUUUAACCACGUCUGGUUCAAUCGGAGCAAAGAACAGUCGGUCGCUAGAAGACUGUGUUGGAUUCGUGCAGGCGAUUCGAGAUGCGGCGUACGGUGUCAACCCUGACAUUCUGGUACUCUGCCACGGCGGGCCAAUUGCCCGUCCAUCGGACGCAGAGUAUGUUCUAUCACGAACCAAAGGGGUGCAUGGUUUCUUCGGGGCCAGUAGUAUGGAGCGUCUGCCAGUCGAGAUUGCGAUCAAGGAGAAUGCGGAGGAAUUUAAGCGGCUGAAGGUGCGAUUGGAGUAG